AUGAUCUCCAAAUUCAACCUCAACUGCUUAUUCUUAGGUGACCACCCCAGGAACAUAUUCCCGGUCAAGAUUGCAUCGACGGACACUGUUGGUGACCUGAAAGAUUUGAUCAAGGAAAAGCCUGCAUUUCGCGACCUGGCUGCAGACACUCUCCAGCUGUGGAAAGUCGACCUACUUGUCGACGACACCCUCGAGCGUAAUCAUCUCGACGAGCUCGAACUAGAUCACAAGAAACCAUUAUCGCCUGUGGAUGAAAUGUUUGAGGUUUUUGACAGUCCUCCUCAACAUAAGCACCUACAUAUUGUUGUCCAGCCGCUACUUGCUGGCGUUCCCCGCCAAGCCGGCCACCUGUCGAUGAAACUCAAUUGCUUAGUCUCAGGCGACCAUCCCUGUGACAUAUUCCAGGUCAAGAUUGUAUCGACGGAGGUCGUCAGUAACCUGAAAGAUUUGAUCAAGGAAAAGAAUAAGCAUGAAUUCGAUGGUUUUGAUGCUAAGAGUCUCAAGCUAUGGAAGGUCGACCUGCCUAUUGACGACACCUUCAAGGAUAAUCUCAACAAGCUCGAACUGCAUCACAAGAAACCAUUAUCACCUGUGGAUGGAAUAUUCGAGGUUUUUGACAGUCCUCCUCAACAUAAGCACCUGCAUAUUGUUGUGCGGCAUCAGUAAAUUACCGAUGUUUUUUUUUUUUUUGGUUAGAACGAUAUUGCUAGGUGGCAGCUGACCAAGUCAGCCCCAAGUAG